CCGUCUGAUUAAGACUGAUAUGGAGCUGGAGGUCCUGCGCUACACCAACCGGAUUUCCAGUGAAGCCCAUAAAAUGGUCAUGAAGCAUGUGAAGCCUGGACAGAAGGAAUAUGAAAUGGAGAGCCUGUUCCAGCACUACUGCUACAAUAAAGGGGGCAUGCGCCACACCUCCUACACCUGUAUCUGUGGAACGGGCAAUAACUCCUCCAUUCUCCACUAUGGUCACGCUGGGGCUCCGAAUGACAAGACAAUAACAGAGGGAGACAUGUGUCUGUUCGACAUGGGUGGAGAGUACUACUGCUACUCCUCUGACAUCACCUGCUCCUUCCCAGCCAACGGCAAGUUCACUCCAGAUCAGAGGGCCAUCUAUGAAGCUGUCCUCAAAUCCUCCAGAACUGUCAUGGCUGCCAUCAAACCAGGUGUAAAGUGGACUGACAUGCACCGCCUGGCUGACCGGGUUCACUUGGAGGAGUUGGUGAAGAUUGGCAUCCUGAAUGGCAGCGUGGAGGACAUGCUGAAGGUCCACCUGGGCUCCGUCUUCAUGCCCCACGGCCUGGGACACCUGCUGGGCAUCGACGUUCACGAUGUGGGAGGAUACCCUGAA